AUGGACACAAUCACGUUUAAUGUGCAUACGCCAAACGGCUCGACAUUGCUUCAUGUUCGACGUCCCGACGUUCCUAUACUGACGGUCACCAUCGAUCCUCCCACAACUGGCUCGACCUAUACACCUCAUCCUCCACCACCACCACACCCUUCAUCACCACCACCGCCUUAUCCUUUCGAAUCCUUUCCCGCCGUACUCUCUCCGAUCGCCUAUACACCUCCGCACCGUCGUGGUCCGGUCUGUCCUUUCCCACUCCCACCUUGUCACACCUGCACCUACACAAACUGGCCUGAACGACCCAUGCCAUCGAAUUACGCCUACUUUCCAUCUCCGCCCUCGACAACGUCUUCCUUGCGCCCUGAUCCGGUUUCCGAACGAGACAGUCAAGUCUCGUUACAUUUCGCCCUGAAAUACUUGUCGGCCCAUACGGGGUCGAACGUGUGGGGUACGAUCAGGCAGCAUUUAGGGAAAGUUCAUGCCGAGGGCAGGAGGAGCAGCGUGCUGGAUCUAGGCUGUGGAACGGGGAUAUUCUGUUACGACCUCGGAGGCCAGGAAGAAUACGCAGACGUGAUCGGAGUAGAUAUCGACCUGGGCAACGUAGGAAUAAGUGUUGAAGAAGGAACACCGCACAACAAUGUCGAUUUUACCGCUCUCGACGUCUCUCACCCGCUCCCAUACGCCUCGGGAUCCUUCGACGUCGUUCACAUCCGGAACCUUUCGACCGGAAUCACCAAUUACCUACAACUGGUCGAACGAUGUGCGAGGAUAUUGAGGCCUGGUGGAUUGUUGGUUGUUACCGAGCUGGAACACUUUUACCAUUCGGCCAUACCUGGAUAUACACCAGCGACUUGUCUAAGAACAUGGCAAACGGCGCUCCGCGAAGCAUUGCGUGGUCGAGGGAUCGACCCAGACGUCCCCUCUCGAUUGAGGAUGUUGGUUGCAAAUAGUGCUGUAUUUCAACCGGAUAUGAUCGUGGAAGAGAUUGGAAUACCUACGGGAGGCGCACAUGUAGCUUCAGAUCACUUCAGUCCGGAACAAAUUGCCGCCUCUUUCGAAGUGAUGCAACCCAUACUGCUCGAGCACGGCUACGGGUUUGAAGACAUCACCGGUCUGAAUCAGAGUUGCGUCGCCGAGUUGACCGAAGUCGACAAUCGAUACUUUCAACGGAUAACCACCGUCUGCGCCAACAAGGUGAACUUCUAGAUCACUCACAAGUCCGGGCAGGGUCCCAAUACCGACCGUUCUCCUCCGCCGGCCCUUUGCCUUUCGCCACUUUCGAAUUCGCCCCAAGCCAUACAAGACGUUUGAACGUUUUCUCUUUUCACCCGCCUUUGCUUGUUCCGGAGACUGUGUCUACUCGAGGACAAGGCGAGAUCGCUCACGCUGUAUCGUUUUCGCAAAUGUAUACCGCCCGCCUGUCACUUCGCAUGUAUCGCUUCUUGUGUAACACGCGAUCACGGACACUCGACCCGAUUAUGUCUUUUGUAGAUACGAGUACACUUAUAACAUAGACGCCACAUGAUGGCAUCCCUUCUGCUUAGAACGU